GCCGGGGUGGGUUUUGUUCCCCUAUCGGGAUGGGGUGUGCUCUGUCAGGUUCUGGGAUCGCCCCGGGGAAAACCAUCACGGAGUCCAAGCGGUGCCCGUUGUCGGAAAACCUAGCGGUGUCGAAAGCGGGACUGGAGCCCAGAGGCGACGGGCCAGGGGCAGGUCUCUUUCCACUGGCGGACGUGCAGAAGGAGCGGAUCCAGGAGUCCUGGCGGAUCCUGCACGACAAUAUCGCUCGGGUCGGCAUCAUUGUCUUUAUCAGGUUAUUCGAGACCCACCCUGAGUGCAAAGAUGUUUUCUUCCUCUUCCGGGACAUCGAGGACCUGGAGCAGCUCAAGAUGAACAAGGAGCUGCGAGCCCAUGGCCUGAGGGUGAUGUCCUUCAUUGAGAAAAGCGUGGCCCGGCUGGACCAAGAGGACAAGCUGGAACAAUUGGCCUUUGAGCUCGGCAGGAGUCACUACAGAUACAACGCCCCUCCCAAGUACUAUGAGUACGUGGGCAUCCAGUUCAUCAGCACGGUGCAGCCCAUCCUCAAGGAGCGCUGGACGCCGGAAGUGGAGGAGGCAUGGCAGAGUCUGUUCAAGUACCUGACGGCCACGAUGAAACGGGGGUACUACGAGGAAGAGGAGAAAUCGGGCAGCAUCAAAUCCCUUACCUUGAGGAAACCCAGGACUGGAUCCAUCCUGAACAGCAUAUAAGAUCGAGAGCGGGCGGCGUAGCGGUUGUCUUGGCUUGC